ACGAAGGUGGGAUUUCGAGGCUAAGAGCGCCAGGAAAAGAGCUGAACUCACCAGGAAGACGCGAACCCAGCAAACAAGGGGCGGAAAGCAGCGAUGUCCGGCUACACACCGCCAGCGCCAUUCGACCCAGCCAAGGAAAAAUGGGGGUCAUACAUGGCUCGUUUCGAGUGUUUCCUCGAGGCGAACGAACUUCAAGGAGUUUCAGACAACAGGAAACGAGCGUAUUUCCUGAGCCACUGCGGUCCAGAAGUUUUCGACACCGCAGAAUCCCUGGCGGAGCCAACGCCGGUACAGUCGGUACCGUGGCAAACCCUGCAGACUUUAUUGAAAGGCCAUUUUGCACCAACGCCGUCCAAGUACGUGCAACGGUUCGAGUUCGGGGAGCGCAGACAGCAAGAGGGCGAGUCCAUCAGCGCAUACAUGGCCGCCCUGAGGAAAGCCUCAAAACAUUGCGAGUACCGAGACUUGGAUGAGAAAAAAAUCUUUACAAAGGCAAAGAUUGAGGGGGUGCCGUGCCGAUUGGAGGUGGACACCGGCUCAUCGAUCACGAUCAUGUCCUGGGACACUCUCGUGAGAGCCUUACCCGCCAUCGCAAAGCGCAAGCUGCAACCACAGAAAUUAAAGGUACAAGACUACCAAGGGAAUCGCAUCCCCAUCCGAGGGGUAACGUCCGUCCACGUCGAGUAUGGACAAUACAAGAAAACUCUGCCCAUCACCAUCGUCGAUGGGACCCUGCCAAGCUUGUUGGGACUGGACUGGUUCCGAGCAUUGGGCAUGGGAGUGACUGGAAUUUUCAGAAACGAGGUCGACCUCAAAGACGCACUCGUGAAAGAAUUUGGGGACGUUUUCAGAGACUGCCUGGGCAAGUACACGGGGACCCCUAUCUCGUUUAACCUAGACCCCCAAGUUGCCCCUAUCCGUCUAAAGGCUAGAAGGGUCCCGUUCGCCCUAAAGCCCAGGAUUGACCGGGAACUGGACAAGCUAGUAAACCAGGGAAUUCUAGUGCCAGUAGACCAUGCUAAGUGGGAGACCCCUAUAGUCACCCCAGUCAAACCGGAUGGGUCGGUCCGGAUUUGCGCUGACUACAAGGCAACGCUUAACAAAGCGUUGCAAAAGAGUGCUUACCCCGUUCCGGUGGUACAGCACUUACUGCACUCAAUGGGGCAAGGGCAAGUUUUUGCCAAGCUAGACUUGGCCCAAGCCUAUCAACAGCUGCCCGUAGAUAGCAGCACAGCCGAAGCGCAGACAAUUGUGACGCACAGAGGGGCUUUUAAGUGUACCCGGUUACAGUUUGGGGUUAGUGUGGCUCCAGGGUUAUUUCAGAACCUAAUGGAGCGGCUGUUACAGGGCCUACCAGGGGUGGUACCAUACUUUGACGAUGUACUGGUAUCCGCUGAAAAUCUAGAGGAAUUAGGGGUCAGGCUGCGAAAAGUUUUGGGCAUUUUCCGGUCUGCCGGUCUCACGGUUAAACUGAACAAAUGCCAGAUCGGGGUUGAGUCUGUGGAAUUCCUGGGCUACCGGAUAGACAGGGAAGGGAUUCACCCCACUGAGAGCAAGGUACGGGCCAUCAGGAAGGCCCCGGUUCCAAAGAACAAAACGGAGUUACAGGCAUUCUUAGGUCUGGUCAACUUCUACGCAGUAUUCUUAAGGAAUAAGGCAACAGUAGCCGAGCCGCUGCAUAAAUUACUAGCAAAGACGGCUGCAUGGUCUUGGGGAAAGGCGGAAGCUAGGGCAUUCGAAGGGGUAAAGAAUCUCCUAACGAGUGAUAGCCUCCUUAUCCAAUACAAUGGCACGCUGCCAUUAGUGUUAAGCUGCGAUGCAUCUCCCUAUGGGGUGGGGGCUGUGCUCAGCCACAGGUUACCAAAUGGCACAGAAGCCCCUAUUGCAUACUACUCCCGAACCAUGUCAUCAACUGAAAGGAAUUAUAGCCAGCUUGAUAAGGAAGCCUUGGCUAUAGUCUCAGGAGUAAAGAAAUUCCAUGAAUAUGUAUUUGGUCGUGAUUUUGAAAUCAUCACGGACCAUAGACCUUUGCUAGGUCUGUUGGCAGGCGACCGCCCAACGCCCGUGGCACUUUCGCCCAGACUGACCCGGUGGACUAUCUUCCUGGCAGCGUAUUCCUACAAAUUACUACACCGGCCAGGAAAGGAAUUAGGGAAUGCAGACGCCCUGAGCAGAUGCCCGUUACCAGAGACUAUCGAAGACCCCACUCCGGGGAUACCAGUUCUGCUAAUUGACUCUUUGGACUCUGGCCCAGUCACAUCCAAAGAGGUGGCUCGGGCUUCGUAUAAGGACAUUACAAUAAGAACUGUGAUUGGUUGGGUACAAAGAGGUUGGCCCGCUGCGCCGGGCGAGCGGUUUAAAGAGUUUGUAAAAAAACGUGGGGAACUCUCGGCUCAAGGGGGGUGCCUGCUAUGGGGGGAUCGAGUGGUGAUCCCGGAGAAAUUGAGAAAAAAGGUAUUGGAUCUCCUUCACGAAGGCCACCCAGGGAUCGUGAGAAUGAAGGGUCUAGCGAGAAGCUAUGUGUGGUGGCCCUUAAUGGACUCGGAAAUUGCUGAAAACCUAGUGUGGGCACACAACUACAGCGAGGGCCCAACCUGGUUAGCAGGAACAAUCCUAGAAAUAACAGGACCAAAGUCAUAUCUAAUAGAGUUGGAGGAUGGCCGGGUAUGGAAGCGCCACAUAGACCAGAUAAGAAAACGCAUAACAGGUAAUACAGAAUCAGACGAAACAUGCCCUGACUAUUCAAUGUUGGAAUCCACAGCUGACUCAAACCCGGGGCUAACGCGGGACUUAUCUGAGUGCCGGGAGGUCCAGCGACGCCAACUGGUUCAUCCCGUGGGCUCCAUUGGAUCUCAACCUUCCCGAAAAACAAAUCCUACAAUAUGA